AUGGGAUGUCCGCGAUCUUCUGCUACAGCUCUUUGUGUUACUGGUGAGUUCAUAUGUGAGGAGAUGAUAUCAUACAAGGAAAUGAACUUGCUCACUAUCACAGCGUAUCAAUUAGCGAGCGAUUAUUACUACGAAAUUCUUGGGUAAGUUAGAAUGACAUUGGUUUUUUACUGUUUAAUCUAUUGAGUAUUUGGGUACUGUAGAGUAGAUAGGACAAGGUAAAAUCAAGAAGUUGUUCUGCAGUAACACGGCAUGCCGUGGCAGUACCAAAUGGAUGUUGAGGACACUUGUUGAAGGGAGGGCGGAUUAGAAUAAGAUACAGUAUAGUAAGGUAUAUUAUUACUAUGUAUGUCUAUGUUAUUUAUCAUCCCACAAUUUCAGCCAAACAACCUCAAUGAUCUCACGUAUCUUCUACUUGCCCUUGAAUCGAACCAGUACUAAGCAUCCUAUCAUAAUAUCGCUGGAUAUAAACUACUGUGCCGAUAACUAUCGUAAAGUAGACCUGAAUGUAACUACAGAAGUCUUCGAGAAGUUCCAACGAUUGUACGAACCUGUAAACCUUGGUAAAAUUCGAAUGGAAGACCUGAUGCUUGACGAUUACAACAAGAUACUACUGGAAGAGCUUAUGGUAGCGGACGAUGAUCGAGAAGAGCUAUAG